CCAUGACCAUUUUUCCUAUCGUUCCAGCAACCGAUAACAAAGGCAUCACCAAAGCCAUCGCAAAAAGCAACGAUUACGGCAAUGUCAAGGUUCGCCUACAAGCACAGCAUCACAAGGGAGCACUCGACAUGGCCGAGACGUUCAAGCAUGUCUACAAAAGUGAGGGCGUAGCUGGCUUGUAUCGUGGCAUCUCGGCAUCCAUCUUACGUCAACUCACCUACUCGACUGCACGUUUCGCGGCCUACGAGAAACUCAAGUACAUGGCUGAGGACGACGGCGUAAAAGCUCCACAUACUAUGCUCGUCGGACUCGCAGCAGUCUCAGGCUUGGUAGGCAGUGUCGUUGGAAACCCAGCCGACAUCUUGAACGUUCGGAUGCAGAAUGAUGCCGCCUUGCUGCCAACCGAGCGCCGCAACUACGGGAACGCGAUCAGUGGAUUCAUCACCAUCGUACGUGAAGAAGGUUGGAAACAGAGUAUCUUCAGAGGCAUGGUGCCUAAUCUCGGAAGAGGAGUAUUGAUGACAGCUGGGCAACUGGCUGGAUACGACGUGUUCAAACUAGAGAUUCUGGCCACGACCGAGAUGCAUGAUGGUACCAUGACACAUGUCGCUGCCAGUACCCUCGCAGGUCUCGUUGCGACAACGCUUUGCAAUCCCUUCGACGUGCUGAAGACGCGAAUCAUGGCUAAGGAUGAACGCCUCGGCAUGUGGAACACCAUCAAGACAGUACACAAAACCGAAGGACCAGCUUGGAUGUUCCGUGGA